GUCGUAGCUGCUCCUGAAUCAUUUGUGGAUUCGUGUUUGGACCCCAAAAGUCAACAAUGAUUUCGGCACUUGCAAUAGGACAGUUGUUACUGGCAUUUCUGCUCCGUUCUUCGUUGGCUCAAAUUAUUUCCACCGGUCAGUGUCCUGAGCAUCCCGUAGUUCAAAACUUCGAUCUGCCGGCCUACCUGGGCGAGUGGUACGAGAUUAAUCGAUAUGAACAGAACUUCCAACGAGGAGGUGAAUGUUCCAAGGCGGCAUAUGCGUUGAAUGACGAUGGAACUGUUCGAGUGGAUAACCGAAUGUUGAUUCCACCUAGUGAUCAGUUUGAUGUGGAAAUCGGAUUUGCAGUCGUUUCGUUCCCCGAGGACAAUCUGCAGCAGGCCAAGUUGAACGUGAGCUUCCGAGGAAUGCCUCCGAAUCGAUCAAAUUAUUGGGUGUUGGAUACAGACUAUACGACGUUUUCAUUUGUUUGGAGCUGUUUCGAAGUCAGUGAUACAAUCAAAGGGGAAAGUCAUUGGCUUCUGUCGAGAACACCCGAAUUACCUGAGAGUGCUCGAAGCCGCGUUGAGGAACUGACUGAUUUGUACUUGGACCGCCGCCACGUCAGACCCACGCGGCAGGAUUCGGACUUAUGCAAUGUACAGGAAAGCAGAUGUGUCUUAGAGGGAAGUGUCGAAAACUGAUAAAAUAUCGUCAGUGUGUGCGACUCGACGCACGGAUUUCACAUGCUUAUUAUGAAACAAUAAAAUUCUUUAUAAUA